CUCUUUACUUUGAGUAUAGUAAACAAGCCAUUCUAUAUGACGGCAUGCUUAAUCGUCAUGAUUUCUGGCUCUAUGCUAUCCGGAUGGCUGUUCUUGGUCAACUACAACAAAUUUCAUUGCUCUUUCAACAUGUCCUAAAGAGUAAUGCAUUCUCUCAAUUCAAUGAUGUAUUGACGUGUAUGCUUGAUGUUCGAAACCAUAUAAACAAUGAUAAAAUAGACUAUGGCAACAUGCAAAAAGCCUUGCUUAAACUACAGCAUAUGAAUUUUACAGAUUCAGUCUGUCAACACCAUGCAAAUCAACUAGGUAUUGUCAUGUCCAUCUUAUUGGGUUAUGAGCAUAUCAUCCUUCAGCAUACAAAAAGUGAUAUUCAUGCCUUGAUUUGUUCUGCUUAUUAUCAACCACAAACACCAACAUCCAUCGAGUCAUUUGCUACUGCAUUUUAUACCAAGCAUUCGCAAUUCCCUUCCAGUAUGAUUCGAUCCUUGAUGAUAAAUGAUCUUUAUGCAGCCAUUGAGCAAAGCCUUAAAUUGGACUGGUGGUUUUUGGCGCAUUGGACUGACUUGUUGACCUUGAGGAAUAUGCUUGAUCGACCUAUAGAGAUACAGACAACUAAAGGCAUUUUGCCAUUAGAUAUAAAACAUCAUUUUAUAUUGCAUUAUGCCUCUUUUCUUAAGAAUCAACUUGGUCAAUGGAAAGAAGCCUUCAGUUAUUCAUUGGAUUGUAGUGAUAUUGGAAGACGAGUUGUUAUCAAAGUAUGUGGCUUUAUGAUGCUCUUAUUUACUCAUGUUAUUUUAGCAUUUGGAACAAUUGGACUUGAAGAUGGAAGGAGACAAACUGCAAGAUGUUAUUGAGUUUUGCCAUCAACAUGCUCUUCAGCCUAAUGGACAUGAAUUGUACAAGGUAC